AAACUCAUCUGCGCAUUUGUAGUAAGCUUAGAUAAGAUAUGAAAGUCAUAAUAGUGUUUCUACUUACUACAUUUGCAGGUCUGGGUUGGUGUUCAGAUUUCCCCGGGGUUAAAACUUCAGAGAAAUUUGACAAUGAUUUGAGUCUUGAUACAAACGGAAAUUAUUUGCUGUUCUGGAACUUCAAUGACUCGCACGUGACAUUUGAAGUGCAUGUACGAACUAAAGGAUGGGUUGGAUUUGGCCUGUCAGAUAAUGGGAACAUGUUUCCUGGAGAUGUCGUCGUAGGCUGGGUUACCGACGAUGGCACUGUUCAUUUUUCUGACCGUCACACGGUAGGACACAAAAUGCCAGUUAUGGACAAGUCACAGGACUGGGAGCUACUGUUUGGCGAGGAAAACGAGUUCGGUACAACCCUCAAGUUUGUCAGAAAGAUAAACACGUGUGACGCUGCUGAGGACAAAGUCAUACCAGAAGAGACAGUUCGUCUAAUCUAUGCUUACGGUUCGAAUGAUCCUAGCGACGACAACUCUAUAACCUACCAUGGUAUCACUCGAGGGACAAAGAGUGCGUCACUUCUCAAUCCUACCAAGACCGAUGUGAAACUUCCUGAUGAUGUCAGGCAUUUCGAUUUCCUCAAUGGUAACUUUCUAGUACCAUCAGAUAAGACGACAUAUAAUUGCAAAGGUUUCAAGCUGCCACCAAUAGGAAAACAUCAUAUGAUAAAGUAUGAACCAAUCAUAACACCCGGGAACGAGUUACACGUGCAUCAUAUGAUUCUAUACCGAUGCAAUAUAAAAGACCCUGACUAUUGGGAUGGAAAAUCUGGCACAUGCUACAAGGCCAGAACUCUACCACAGUGUCCGAUUGUUACUGUAGCUUAUGCAGUAGGAGGAGGGCCAUAUUACUUUCCCGAUCAAGUUGGGUUUCCGAUCGGUGGACCGGACGAAGAAACAUUCUUUUUAAUGGAGACGCACUAUGACAAUCCCACCCAAAAAGCACAUUUGAUAGACAAUUCUGGUAUGCGUUUAACACUUACAUCGAAUCUACGUCAGCACGAAGCUGGUAUGUUACUUCUGGGCUCGAUGGCUGACGAGUCACAAGUUAUACCCCCAGGACUAAAUGACUUCUUAUUCAAGUCUUACUGUACAGAGGAUUGUGUGAAUAAGGCAUUUACUCAAAGCAACAUGACAGAGAUUAAAGCUAUUGGUGUAAUGCAGCAUGCACACUUACUUGGCGCGGCAAUAGAAACAAGACACUUUAGAAAUGGAAAAGAGAUCAAACCUUUGUUCACGGAUCCCAGUUAUGACUUCGACUUCCAACAAACUCGACCAUUACCAAAAGAAGUUUCAAUCUAUCCGGGUGAUAGUUUCCAGGUGGAUUGUACAUAUGAUUCGACAGAGAAAAACUCUACAACGUUUGGUGGACUCACGACUCUAGACGAGAUGUGCUAUUCAUUUGUGUUCUAUUAUCCCAAGAUGGAGUUAGGAACAUGCAUUUCACGCCCUAAAUUGGACAACUUCCCCUUUGACACAAGGAAUAAACAUCAUGCAUUCGGGACAUAUGAUUGGACAAGCAAUUUGGAUUAUUUCAUGUCUCAUGUUUAUAAUGGAACUUUCGAACAGUACUGCUUCGGCCCGAAACUACCAGUACAGUGGCCAUUCCCAACUUUCAUACCUCCCGAACCAGUACAGAAAUACCUUCCGCCUCCUACAGACUGCUUUUCUCCUUAGUCAGAGUGUCCCGGUCAAGUUCUUUGAUUCAUUUGACAAUAAAUGUAACAAGAAUAUGCAUUUGGAAAUAAAUUGCUACAUUUU